UUCGUCGCGAACUUCACCUUCACUACGGCAAAAUGGCAAGCGGCCCCACAUUAUAUCACAUACUUCACUAGUUCUAUCACCUCGACCCUUUCAUACUUUACCCAUGAAGUCUUCCAACAAGCGCGACAUACACACACCUGAGACGACCAGACAGAGCCAGAGGUCUUGUGUUGAUGACGCCUUAAUCGCCAUGCAGUUGCAGCACGGUCUCGAUUUCCCUACUGACUCUGAGCGAGAACGCAACGUCAAGCUCUACGAGGACAAGCGCAAUGCUGAUCAGAGAGAGAUACAAAACCAGAUGCAGAACUUCUUGUUGCAGAUGCCACAAGAAAUUCUGAAUCAGAUCUACGAGCACGCAUUCGACGGCCAGAUCUUGCGCAUCACCACCCUCUACAACAGGCUCAGUCUCGUCCGCGCGACCUACCCUCACCCUUUUGCCCUCCCGAGCGUGUGUCGCAAGCUUCACCGCGAUACCGCGAAGUUUCUGUACUCCAGAGCCACCUUCGAGCUCGUAACCUUCCAGUUCGUAUCCCUCAUCGAGACCUGGCGCACUCCCAUUCGAUCCAACAUUGCUACUUUCAUCAACCCCCUCAUGUCCAUUCCGACCCCGAUCAAGCGCUUCGAAGUUGUGGGUAUGGGUGAUUCAAGCAAGAUGAAACUCAGUACGGUUUCGAGGCGCGAGGUUUGGCAACAAUCUCGGCACAGACCAGAAGUCGACUACAAGGCGGAGCUCAAGCGGUAUAUUCGAACGGCCUUCCCGGCGGCUGACGUCACCUUCCGCGCAGUCCCGUCUGGCAGCAAGGUCUAAGAGAUACGGGCAUUGCAUUCAAGAUAUGAAAGGUUGAGUAGGAACAGUGAUUGU